AUGUCAUUUAAAGUGUUUUUGGGAGAGCAUCAUAAAGAGGCUUCCUUGAAUUGCUCACUGUUAAAGCUAUUUAAACAUCAACAAAAUUUUGUUAAUAGUUCUACUAUUGCACAUUAAAUUUAAUUAACUGUUACAGAAUAUAUUGAUUAAAUUGCUACCAUUUUCAAUUAUUUUAAAAAUGUUGUACAAUAAGUUAUUAAAAGUGUCGAUUUACUUCUUAGAAAGAAUUUCAUCACUCAAUUAAAAUUGGUUUCUAAAUAUCACAUCGCAGAACCUGAAAAAGAAUCCAUUCAAAAUUAUAUGUAUGAAUAUUAUGGAGUAACUGCACCUUUUAUCAUCCUAUGUAAAAUAAUUUUGCUUGCGAAGAAACAUAACCAGGUUAAGAUUAUUGCAUUCAUAAAUUAAUAAUUGGAACAUAAACAGGAGACAAUGAGAUUAAAUCUUUAAUGA